CUCCUCAAUCCUUCAAACUCCUUCAAUCCACUGUUUUCAUACUUCCUUCUUCUCUGAUCGUAGAGAAGAAGGAGGGAAAAGCUUCUUGAAUCCCUCAAUCUUUGAUCAUUUUCCAAGGAAGAAGAAGCAAUGAGAACCAAGAACUGUCAGCUUCUGCUACUUUCCGCCGCGGUGGCAUUGCUCUGUUCCGCCGCCGUUUUCGUCAGCGCCGGAAACCCCAUCAGGAACUUCGACUGGACUGUCACUUACGGCGAAAUCCAGCCGCUCGGCGUCAAGCAACGGGGGAUUUUGAUCAAUGGGAAAUUCCCGGGACCGACGAUCCAAGCCGUCACCAACGACAAUCUCAUCAUCAACGUCCACAAUCACCUCGACGAACCUUUCCUAAUCUCCUGGAGCGGGAUUCAGAACAGGAAGAACUCGUACGUCGACGGAGUGUACGGAACGACUUGCCCGAUCCCGCCGGGCCAGAACUACACCUACAAGCUCCAGGCGAAGGACCAAAUCGGAACGUUCUACUACUUCCCUUCCCUCGCCUUCCACAAGGCCGCCGGUGGGUUCGGCGCCAUCAAUGUCCUCAGCAGGCCGAUGAUCCCCGUGCCGUUCGCUCCGCCGGCCGACGACAUCAAUUUCCUCGUCGGAGACUGGUACAGGACCGACCACAAGGCCCUGAGGGCCAAGCUCGAUAGAGGUCACAAGAUUGGUUUCCCGCACGGAGUUCUGAUCAACGGCCAUGGACCUCAUUCCCCUCCCACUUUCACCUUCCAAUCGGGAAAGACGUACAGGCUGAGGGUCACAAACGUCGGGCUACAGAACUCACUGAACUUCAGGAUUCAAGGACACAACCUGAAAUUGGUAGAGGUGGAAGGAACUCACACGGUUCAAACGGUGUACUCAUCGCUCGACGUCCACGUAGGACAGUCCCUGUCAGUUCUAGUGACAGCAGAUCAGCCUGCCAAGGACUACAGGAUCGUCGUGUCGACUCGUUUCGCGAAGAAGGUCCUCACCUCCACAGCGACUCUGCACUACCAAAACUCCGAUGGGCCCGCCUCGGGCGACAUCCCCAACUCUCCGAAGAAGAUCAGCUGGUCGAUCAAACAGGCUCUGUCCAUCAGGACGAAUUCUACUGCGAGUGCAGCGAGGCCGAAUCCACAGGGAUCGUACCACUACGGUCAGGUGAACAUCACGAGGACGAUCAUCCUGCAGAGCGCGGCAGCUCAGGUCGACAGGAAGCAGAGAUAUGGGAUCAAUGGAGUGUCGUUUGUUCAUCCUGAUACUCCGCUGAAAUUGGCAGAUCAUUUUAACAUUCCUGGUGUGUUUGAAGUCGGCAGCAUUCCUUAUGCUCCUCCUGCGCAGCCGAGGAAGCUUCACUUGAAUGCUUCGGUGAUGGAAACCGAUUACAGGACGUUUGUGGAGAUUGUGUUUCAGAAUCGUGAGAAGAUUGUGCAGACUUAUCAUAUCAAUGGUCACUCUUUUUGGGUUGCAGGGAUGGACUUGGGAGUGUGGAAGCCCUGAGAGCAGGAAGGGGUACAACCUCAACGAUGCCGUGUCGCGAUACACCGUACAGGUAUACCCGAGGUCGUGGACAGCCAUCUUCGUGGCACUGGACAAUGUUGGGAUGUGGAAUGUGAGGUCGGAGUACUGGCAGAGACAAUAUUUAGGAGAGCAAUUCUAUCUCAGGGUCUUCACCACAUCGACCUCACUCAGGGACGAGUACCAAAUGCCUGAGGACUCUAUCCUCUGCGGCAGGGCCAAGAACAUGAAGCCCUAAAUUCCAGAGACGUAAUUCUUGAGAUUUGGGAGAGAUUUUAUUUUCCAUUUUAUCAUUUAAAACUCUUGUAUCUUGGAUUGUGCUUUCUCUGGUUUGUUUUUCUUUUUUGGUUUGCUUUAGGUGGUUACGGUAGUAUAGUAUGUAAUUCGGGACUUUUUUCUCCU